ACGCCAACACGUCUAAGUAAAUAUUAUCUCAGAUUAUAUUAGUAAUAUCUAUAUUUUAUUACCACAUUAUUGUCCCGAAAAUUGCAUUAUAUCUUAUAAUAAAAAAUCGUAAAAAAAAAAAAAAAAAAAAAGGGGCAAUUGCCCAGAGAACGAAAUAGGAAGCAGAGGUCCUGGAGAAGAAGAGUGAGAGCAUGAGGACCAAACCAGCGGCUGUGUUCAUGGCCUUUGGCACAAAAGGAGACGUCUAUCCUAUUGCUGCCAUUGCUGCAGCUUUUGCUUGUGACCAGGAGCAAUACCAUGUGGUUCUAAUAACUCAUUCAGCACACGAGAAUUUAAGAGUUCAUUUGGCGGGAAAAAAUGUAGCAUUUCUUCAAGUUUCAUCACCACCUGUUGUUUCUCCUUAUGAGGAUAAUGGGUUUAUGAAGGCAUCUUUUGCUCUGCAGAAGACAAUAGUUACAAGACAACAUAGACAAGAAUGCCUUUCUGUAUUUGAAAGAAUCUUUGGUGAUGGCCCAAGCAUGGAGAGUGAUUUCAUUGUGAUAAAUUUCUUUGCAUUGGAAGGUUGGAGCCUUUCAGAACUAUUUCAUGUCCGAUGUGUUGUUGCUGCUCCUUAUGUUGUUCCUUAUAGUGCUCCUUCAUCAUUUGAACAGCACUUCAGAAAAGAACUACCACUUCUACAUGAAUAUCUUCAGCAAGCUCCUACAAACAAGGUUUGUUGGAAAGAUGUUAUGCACUGGAUGUGGCCACUUUUUACUGAAGAUUGGGGAUCAUGGAGAAGUGCUGAUUUGAAGCUAAGCCCUUGGCCUUUCACGGAUCCAGUAACUGGCAUUCCAAUGUGGCAUGAUAGGCCUUCAUCUCCUCUACUACUGUAUGGAUUUAGCGAAGAAGUUGUUGAAUGUCCUGGUUACUGGCCUUCAAAUGUUCGGGUCUGUGGCUUUUGGUUUCUCCCUAUGGAAUGGCAGUUUUCGUGCAACAAGUGUGGAGAAAUUUCAGCUUUGAUCUCUUCAGGGCAUUUGAACACAAAAGAUGAAAUGUGUUCAGCUCAUGCUGAGUUACAAUAUUUUCUGAUGACUUCUGUGUCGCUGCCACCUGUUUUCAUAGGUCUGAGCUCUAUUGGAAGCAUGGGUUUUUUAAGGAACCCUCGAGCAUUUCUUCGGGUUCUUCAAACUGUUUUGGACAUCACAAGUCACAGAUUCAUUCUAUUCUCAGCUGGCUUUGAACCAUUAGAUGCUGCAAUCAGAAUGAUUGCUGCUGAAGCAUUAUCAGGUUCAGAAAGAUUGCAACUCAGUGAGGAUGGCAUCUCCCUCUUCGGUGGCCGACUCUUCUGUUUUUCUGGAACCAUACCGUACAACUGGGUGUUUCCAAGAUGUGUUGCUGCAAUUCAUCAUGGGGGCAGUGGAUCCACUGCUGCAGCACUACAUGCUGGAAUUCCACAGGUACUAUGUCCAUUUAUGCUGGAUCAGUUUUACUGGGCGGAGAGGAUGUUUUGGCUUGGAGUUGCCCCGGAACCUCUGCAACGAAGCCAAUUGCUUCCGGAUGAAGAUGAUACAUGCAUAAAAGAAGCUGCAAAUGUGCUAGCCAGUGCCAUAAAUUACGCAUUAUCUCCUAAAGUCAAAUCACGUGCAUCAGAAAUUGCUGAAAGAAUCUCUCUUGAGGACGGAGUUUUGGAAGCAGUGAAGAUCCUCAAGAAGGAGAUGAGCUGUUCUAAUUCUAUGAAGCAUUAACACCAGAUUCAUGCCAUUUUUUUCUUUUCUUGGAAGUUUUUGUCCCCCACUGUUUUAUGUUUUAUUAUUAUACAUUUCAACUUCAAGAAUUUUGUUUUGUUUAACAAAAAAGUGUGACUAUUUUGUUUCUCAUAUCAGUAUUCUCUCUUUUCAAAGGUUAGUGUUAUGCUAGAUUAGUGUUGUGCUA